AUGACUACUAUAAAUACAAGGGCCAAAUCUCCAACUCGAGCGGAGGCUAUUGCCAAGGCUCUGAGGCCUAGACCUGUCUUCUGCACAGGAGUGUUAUUAGGAAAUUGGGUAGAAGACAGAAUAGAGUGCCCGAAAGGAGGCACAUUUUACUUUCCUUCAAAGGAAGAGAUAAAUUACGAAAAAUUAAAGCCAGAAUCGAGACAACCAGAUUUUAGAUUGAACAAAUUAAACAGUUUACAGGGCAACGUCUACUCUAUAAUCAGGCACGACAGUCACGACGCCUGUGGGAAUUUUGUGACUACCACUGACCUCGUCUACAACCACCUUCCAAAGCCCUUAUGUGGACCAAAUAUGCGUUAUUAUAAAAGAAGUGCUCAUCAAUUUUAUCCUCAACCAGAUCUCACUAAGUGUUUUGGUAAUGUAACGGAAUGGGGAUUAAAAAAGUAUCUGGAACACGAUUGGGCAUGCACAGACGUAUCAGAUUACUCGUCCACUUUAUAUGAAGAUACCUAUGUACCGCCGAUGCCACAUCAAUAUUUACAACGAUCUGAGAGAAAAGCCAAGAAUUCG